GAUGCUGGUGAUGUGGAUGAUGUUGUUGAUGCACGAACCCCUCUGCGUCUUGGACAAUUUUUGAAUAUUUGACCCUCUUUGGCUGUGCAACAAUUCAAUCAUUGUGCAUUCUUCACAUGCACACAUCCUUUAUCCUCUUUUGGCCGUUAUAAGCUUUCCUAUGACCCCAUCGACGGCGCGCUAUCAACAUUCAUUACUCAAAAAGCGGGAGCCGUCGCUGCUUGCCGCCGACCAGCACCCGCAGCCGCUCAACUGCUGUCAGUCGAUCCCCUCCGUACGACUCCGCCCACGAACCACGCGGCUUCGAACACACCGUCGCAAGCUGAUUGCGGAUCUCAUACCGAUUGUCGCCAUCCCUCUGGCGCCGUUCAAGUGGGGAUUAGCUUGUUUAUCCGACAUCAGUGUGGUAUGGUACUCGGGCGUGCCAUUUUCCUUUUAGAUCGGUUUCUCUUGAUUGCUGCCUGGCGCGAUAGCAUGCUAACUUUUUGGGCUUCCUUCUCCGUCAGAUAUUUUCGUCGUCUGCAUAAUUGGACACCGCCUCCUGUCCUGCCUG